AUCCGUCUCCCACCCUCAGGCUGUGAACUGUCCUCAUCCGCCUUCGGUUACUCUUGUGCAUACUCAUCGCCAUGGUUGACUGGAACUCCGCCACCGAGCUUGCCACGGACUCAGCGGCGUUCACGAAAUUCAUGCAUACGCUGUUGGGUCUAUACAUCUGGGAAUGGUUUACGACUCUUGACUUCGACUUUGCCUUCUUGACUGGCAGGAAGAGGUUCAGGUGGCCACUGACCUUCUACUUCCUUGGGCGGUACUGUCUACUGUUCGCGCUGAUGGGGAUAACCAUCGCGUUGGAUGUCACCAAGGAGGUGAACUGUCAAGCAUUGUACACCUUCAACCAGUGUUUCGGUAACUUCGCCAUUGGAAUGGCAAGUGUAAACCUUUCUGUACGAACCAUGGCUAUCUGGUCACAGAAGUGGUACAUUGUCUGCCCACUGAUCGCCGUCAUCCUCGGUCACUGGUCACUACUUCUCCACGGUAUUCUCCUCAAAGCUGCCUGGGUCGAAGGCACAGGUUGUGUUAUCACCUCGACCGAUAACACUCUCCUCGCCGCUUCCUUCAUCUAUACCAUGGCCUUCGACUUUGUCGUUCUCACCCUCACAGCGUGGAAGCUCGCGUUCCCCAAGGGUGGACGCAGUAGACUCGUGGAGAUGAUCUUCGGUGAUGGUUUGGUUUACUUCCUCGUCGCCUUCUUGGCAAACAUGACCGCCACUGUAUUCAUGUUGCUCAACUUGAACGCUGUGAUGUCUGUCAUCGCCAACGUCCCUGCAGCCGUAAUCUCCACCAUUGUGGCAUGUCGAGUCGUCCGCCGCCUGAACAACUUUGCCAACCAAGGCCCAGAGGUGUUCACAUCGAGUUCACCUUCGACUAAUAACGCGCUUCGGUUCAAUUCGGGCACGGCCUCGAGGGGUCCUGCGAACGUGUCUGUCGCGAGGUCGACGGCAGGCGGUGUGCACGUACAGAUGGACACGUUCUCAGUAGCGGACAAGGUCACCUACGACGCGUCAGGACGUGUCGUCUCCGCCGAGGGCAAAGAGUUCGACCCCGAGAGCCAACAGAUCUCGGACGAGUUCAAACAUCAGCCAUACUAGAUCCCACUCGCUCCCUCCAUUACACACACUUCGCAUCUAUUUCAUCUCUCCUUCGCGCUCCAUCCUCUCAUCUUCUUGGCUCGACAUGUUUUGUCUCCUUAGGGUACCCUUCAACUUGAAGCUAUGCGAAAGCCCCGCAGCUAGCUCACCCUCACCCCACCUCCGUAACCAUAUACGUUAACGUAUACCUAUCGGCUUAUAGCCUAUCCUAUUGAAAGCCCACUGGGACUUUUUGACCUUCCUCCCUCCCAAUUCCCGCUCCGUCAUCUUGAGUCUCCCUCCAUUCCUCGGUAUUCAUCUUAUCUCGCCCUACCUCGUCUACGCUCUUCGUAUCGCAGCAAUAUCGCGCAGCACCUGUAUCUAGUACCCACCGCCCUUCCCGGCACACUUACACUUACAUGCACAUGUCAAAAAUCAGCAUACCACAUACACACACACACACACAUUAGACGGGGUCGGAAGCACAUCGCACAUCCGCACGCUCUCUGCACCAACGCACACCAUUCAUUAGUAUUACUGUAUCCCGUACACUUCACUCACCUUCUUCUCGCUUCACCGCCUUCUCUGUCCUCUGUCCUCUGUCCUCUGUCUUUUUGUCAGCUUUUGACAUCCUCGAUUUGCGCGAUACGUACCCAACACAGCACCGACGUCCUCGCAUCACCAGUCACCCCGGGCCAUCAUUCUUUCUCGAUACCCACGAUACCCCCUCCCUGCCUGGUGACUGGCCUGGCACUCGUCUCAAAGCAAAGUCGCGGACGACGCCUCGUUUCUUUCGCUUUCGCUCUCCGGGUUUCCAUUCCAUCGUAUCUGUAACUGUCUAUCCAUUCUUCCAGUCCUACCCUGCCCCAAUUCCAGACCCAUACAUCCCUACUUACAGCCCUGCAUGACACACCGACGUCCGUCCCAUUUACACACCAGUCCUAUUACGUCCGUCGCACUUCCAUUCUUGACAGUCCGGAUUGGGGAGUCGGUUGUUCGUACGGUGGCGCGUGCAUUUUUCUACGGAGUUGGCGGUUUUGGGGAUUGGGACUCCGAUGGCGGAUGGGGGUAUUUCUGCCGUUCUACGAAUCACGAAUCACGAUCCUGGUGCUUCGCGGGAUCGGUGUGGAUUUAGCCUUAUGCGGAUAUUCGAUGGAGAGCUCGAGGGACGCUGUGACGGGUUGGAGUGGUUGACAGGGACUUGGUGAUAUGGCGGGAGAAGGGAGCGGGGUGCGAGUUCGAACUUCGGCCGGGACGGCGCUGGGAGGGAAUUAGGAAGGACAGAAGGAAGGUACGCAGGGAUGGUAUUGGAAGGGUAUUCUUGGUCUGUUCUGUUCUGUUUUUCUGUUCGUGUCAUUCCAUUCAUCCAUCAUACCUCUGCGUCUCAACGUUCCGCACCCUUUCAUCGGCACCGUCUCCAUCAGCAUUAUCCUCCACUUAUCUCUAUCCUACCAUCUUCGUCUUCGUGGUACCCUUCGUCUUUCGUUUUCGUCGUCAUUCAUCAAAAGUACCGCGAUUUCUUGGCUACUUACUGUGUAUGUAGUUCUCCUAAAAAAAGAUUUUAGUCACUCUUUCUUUGUUACCUUCGUUUUGUGUUUCGAAAUUGUGUGUAUUAGUUCUGUUUUAGCCUUGUGUUCGUUAGUACAAAUGAAAUCUUGAUGUUAC